AUGAUGAGGUACCAGAGAGUGAGCCCAGAUUGUGUCCCUUUGAGCAAUGGCAAGAAGCCAGCCAUGAGAGCCAUAUCCAAAGAAGAAGGGUUGACAGAGACUCUCACAACCAGCACAGUUUCAACUUUAGAACCCACAAAACCAUUCAGAUUCCGAUCCCAACCCACAACCCAAGACCCGACCCAAUCCCAAUUCGGAGCCCGACCCACUUCACCCAACUCCGACAACCACCACCGGAGCCCGACCCAGCGGCAGGACAAGAGCCCCAGCCGGACCCCAAGCCCCAGCCGCGGCGCCGGCGAUGUGUUGUUGCAGUGGGGCCAUAAGAAGCGGUCGAGAGUCUCGAGAACUGAGAUCCGAGCAGUGACCGAUGAGUCUUCUUCCUCAGCUCAAGCAAGGCAAGCUGGUGUGAAGCUGCAGAGGAGAGACAAGUCUAUGCCGCCGCCGCCUCCUCCUCCACCCCUUUCUUCCUCCUCCGCAACGUCGUCGUUUUCCAAUGGCAGACUUAGAAAGGAAGCGUCCGCGUUGCUUCCUAGCAGGAAUUUAGAAGAUCGAUCUGCUGUGGUUAAUGGGUCCCCAUCAAGAAACCCAACUGGCGGCAGCAACAGCCGAGCUGUUUCUAGAUCUUCGGCUGGGAAAAGAUCUCCUCCUCCUGAGAAAAAUGACAGAAAGCUGCCUCCUUGCUCAGGUAGGUCAUCAGCCAAAGAUGACAAGCCAAAUGGACCCUCUGUGCAAGUUGAUCGUCAGCACCAUGCUGAUUCUGCUUCAUUGCAAUCGGACCAAUUAGCUGCCACUGCUAAUGGUGCUGCACCAGUUGCAGCAGCAGAUAAGGUCAACUAUGAAGUGGUUGAGUGGCCUAGAAUUUAUCUUGCCCUGUCAAGAAAAGAGAAGGAAGAUGAUUUCCUUGCAAUGAAAGGCACAAAGCUCCCUCAGAGACCCAAGAAAAGGGCCAAAAACAUUGACAGAACCCUCCAGUAUUGUUUUCCAGGGAUGUGGCUGUCUGACUUGACAAGGAAUCGCUAUGAGGUCAGGGAGAAGAAAUGUGUGAAGAAGCAAAAGCGAAGGGGGCUCAAGGGAAUGGAGAGCGUGGACAGCGAUUCCGAGUAG